AUGCAAGCUGCCUGGACGCAACUAUUCCCACCCAAGCCUAAUUUCACCGAAGACAAUGUUCCUUCACUAGAAGGCAGAGUCUUCAUGGUGACGGGUGGAACUAAUGGCGUCGGCCUAGAGCUAGUCAAUAUGCUGUACUCUAAAGGAGGCACAGUCUAUCUUCCAGCCCGGUCCGCCACCAAAGCACAGAAGACUAUCGAGACCAUGAGGGCGGCACAUCCAGAGAGUACUGGCAACCUCAAGACUCUUCACAUUGAUCUCAAUGAUCUUGCCUCCGUGGCAGUCUGUGCAUCAGUCUUCCUUGCGCAGGAGACUCGUCUCGACGUUUUAUGGAACAACGCGGGGAUUAGCGCCGCACCAUCAGACGAAGUUACUGCCCAAGGAUACGAGCCACAAAUGGGAAUAAACUGCUUGGCACCAUUCCUUCUCACCAAGCUCCUACUCCCUGUCCUAAAGCAAACAGCCAGCAGUAACCCCGGACCCUCGACGAGGGUUAUCUUCACAGGCUCGGGUGUGAUGGACAUGAUGGCCCCGCCUGGAGGUAUUCCACUGGCUAAGCUUACUCCUGGCAAACAAUCAAAAGACCCAACACAUAACUACACCAUUUCAAAGACUGGAAACUGGUUCCUCGCCUCUGAAUUUGACCGGCGUGUGCGAUCAGAUGGAAUCAUUUGCAUAUGCCAGAACCCAGGCAACCUCUCGACGAAUAUCUGGGACCGCGUGCCGUGGCAUCUCAGGGUACCGAACAAAGUCUUCUUGCACCCACCUAAACGAGGAGCUUAUUCGGAGCUCUGGGCUGGUGUUAGCACAGAGAUCAAGCUUGAGGACGGUGGUAGGUAUGGUAUUCCUUGGGGAAGAUGGCACCCGAGCCCUAGAAAGGAUCUUGUCCAGAGCUUGAAGACGAAAGAGGACGGUGGCAGUGGAAUUGCGGCGGAUUUUUGGGAUUGGUGUGAUCAACAGACAAAGAAGUAUGUGUAA